UAAAACCACCUUACCUAAAAUCUUCCUUUUCCACCGAAACCAACAAGAACUUUCCUCGUUCCUUCUUCCUCUUUAUAUAUACUCACCUUACCCCCUAUCUCUUCGUUCUAAUUUCCAUAAACCCAUUUCUCUGUGGACUAUCUUUUUCCACAUAUUUAAUUUCUACAAUGGAUAACGAUAACCCAAGUAUUCACGAUCCGUUAAUUGAUUCAUCCUCCAAAGGCUAUGCAUUAAGUGGAAAAAUAAUGCUGAGCGCUAUUGUUAUCUUAUUCGCCGUUGUUGUUUUUAUGGUGGGUCUUCAUCUUUAUGCUCGUUGGUACCUUCUCCGUCUGCGCCGCCGUGAAAUCCUCCGCCGCCGUAGAAUCCACCAUCGCCGCACCCAUAUAGUGUUCUACGUUGAUAAUCCUACUUCUGGUUUAUCUGAUGCGAACCGGGGUUUAGAACCGUCAGUUCUUAACUCGCUACCGGCUUUUGUUUAUUCAUCGAAGACUCACACUGAACCGCUGGAAUGUGCCGUUUGUUUAUCGGAAUUUGAGGAGAAUGAAAAUGGCCGUGUUUUGCCCAAGUGUAAUCACUCUUUUCAUUUGGAGUGUAUUGAUAUGUGGUUUCAUUCUCAUUCCACUUGCCCUCUUUGUCGGUCUCCGGUGGAACCGGACGAGAACCGGACUGAGGUAGCGGUGACGGUGAAUGAAGCGUCUGAACCGGGUUCGAGUUCCGGUUUCUGCAACAUGUGUCAGCACCAGGAGGGGGAGAAUAGUAGUGUGAGUACGACGUCGUUAGGUGGGCGAAGAAAAGGAUUGGAUCUAACAGAAGUGAGAAUAGAGGUACCGAGAAACGAAUUGGAAGACGAGUUGGAAAUGGGACUCAGACUGAGUUCACCGGCGAGUCAAUCGAGGUCACCGGCGUCUCGAUUAUUAUCUUUGAAAAGAAUACUAAGUAUGAACAGGAAAACGCCCACCGGAGCUAGCCAUUCACCUCGGGCCGGAACGAGUUGCGCCGCCGAGUUGGAUUUAGAAAGCGGUGGAACUCAGUUACAAACUCGGGCACAGACACCGUAAUAGAGGAAUAUAAAAAAUGUCACGCUGAUGGCGUGGGAAGAAAAAAGACAGGAAGACAAGAAUGACGGACUGUCAGAAAACGCAAACGAAUGUCCUAUUACACGUGGCAAUCUGAUGUGGCACCUGAUGUCGACGUGGCAUGUGCUGAAAUGGAGGGAUGCCCUUUUUUACGCAGUCAUAGCGGACUUGGGCCUUGAAAUUGGGGGAUUAUUUGACUUGUAGAUAUGUGUAGGGUUAGAGAUGUGCUACUUGUAAAGUAUGACGUGCAAGAGUCAAAUUACAAAUGUGUUUAUUGCUAAAUUCGUUGAAUUCUUUUUCUUUUUUUUUUCUUAUUUGAAACUUUAUGCUACAUUCCAAAUUACCUUCUUUA